AUGGGAACCAGAUCGGUCGUUUGGUGGUGGUACACCGCCCGUGUCUCGAAGACCCAGGACCAGAAGCUGGCCGACGCCUUCGCCCGCUUCGGGUGCUGCUACCUCACGGGCCACGGCAUCUUGGACGCGCUCUCGAAGCGCAUGUUGCAGAGCGACGAGUCGUUCUGCGCGCUGCCCGACGAGACCAAGGCUGCGAUCCCAGUGGUGCAGGACAGGGGCUUCACGCGCGGGUACAUUGGCGUGGGCAAGGAGAGCGGCAGCGCCGAGCGCAUAGAGGUCAAGGAGGCCUUUUCCUACGGAUACGAGUGGCCCGAGGGCAAGCCGGAGCCCUUCGCGACUGGCCUGCAGGGCCCCAACGUCUGGCCCAAGGCCGAGGCCUGCCCCGGAGACCAAGUGCGCGCGGCCACGGUGCCAAUCCCGACCAAGGUCGAAAGCUCCGCGUCCGAGGAUGAUACGAACCAGGGCAGCAGCACCGACAACGGCGAGACCUCGUCCGAGCCGGCGCUCGCGUCGUCCGCGGCCAUCCACUUGGCCACGCUCGAGUUCCUGCAGGGCGCGUACGGCCAGGGCUCCACGGUCUACCGCAAGACGUGGCACUCGUACUUCUUUGUGCUGCUGGUGUGCAAGGGCUCGCUCGGCAUGUUCGCGUCGCAGGCCGAGCACCUGGCGGGCAGCGAGCCCCCCGCCGCCGUGUUCAAGCUCAGCGGGUACACGCUGCGCAUCCGCUCGCAGCCCAAGCGGCCGCACCAGUUCCGCCUCACGCACAGCAGCAAGGGCGGCGGCAGCCCCAAGAAGCCGCUGCACUUUGCGGCCUCGAGCCUGGACGAGAUGAACGGCUGGAUCGCGGCACUCAUCAAGGCCAUCGCCGUGAUCGACGAGCGCGAGCGCGUCGCGGCCGAAGAGCGACUCAACAAGCAGACGGAGAGUGAGAGCGCCACGCAGGAGUAA